AUGCUAGCAGAUCGAGAGACUCCAGGACUAAGAUCGGAUGCCAGAGCAAAUUCUUCCAUCGAGGCCAACUGGGAGGGCAUCUUCGAUGAUAGAAUGCUCAGCUCGCUAAGCUGCAUUCAGGAAGGAGAUGAGAUCCCAAGUCCUUGUCCCAGUCAGCCGCCAACCAGGCUGGGUUCCAAGAACCUGGCAGUUGAGUUGGAAGGCCGGGAAGUUGGUGGGGAGCAUUUGGACGACACCCUUCUGCGUCUGCAGAAUCGUGUCACAUCCAUGCUCGAGCUGCAGCGGGCCCAGCCCAACGGGAGCUAUGGGAAUUCCGAGAGCUGCCUCAAGGAGCCCAAGCCUCAUGACACCGGCGGUGCCUCGCGCAAUGGGCACGCGCACCAGGGGCACCUUGGCCAUGACGGGCGCGGGGCGAGCGGUCCUUCCGGUCCUUCCGGUCCUGCCGGUCCUUCCGGUCCUGCCGGUCCUUCCGGCCCCUGCGGCCUGGCGGAGCGGGACGCGCGGGACGUGAAGAAGCGGGACCUGGCGCGGCACUACCGGCAGCAGCUGGAGAUGUUGGAGCUGGAGGAGAAGGAGCUGCAGCAGCAGAUGCGGCUCCGCCAGCAGCUGCGGCAGGAGCUCUUUGAGGAGGAGCGGCGCGCAGAGGAGGCGGAGGCCGCUGCCUCAGCAGCCUCGGCGGCCAAGGACCAGGCCAAGGACUCCCAGGAUCGGCAGGCGGAAGUGCUGGCGGAGGAGAACCGGCAGCUGGACCUCAUGAGAAGGCAGCUGGAAGAACAGCUCAGGGUCAGCGAGGAGCGGAGGAUGCAUUUGGAGAGGGAAAAUCAGAUACUCCAGUUCCGCACAAGUGUAGAGCACGUGCAUCUGUCGGAAAGCCGGUCAGCCCGGAGUUUGGGCGACCGGCCUCGGAGCGGGCUGCAGAAGACUUUUGGGGUCUCCUCAGCCGCGUCCUUGCGGACAGCUUCCCCUCGGGCAGUUUCCCCGCCACGUGCGGCUCCGCCACAUGCGGCUUCCCCGCCACGAGCGGCUUCCCCACCACGUGCGGCUUCCCCACCACGUGCGGCUGCCCCGCCACAUGCGUCCAUCCCGCUGCGCGCGGCUUCCCCCCAGCGGAUGAUCUCCACGCCACGGCAUCCACCGUGCGCUCGGCAGGCCGCGCGAACGGUGCCCAAGUUCCAACAUCCUAAGCCCGCCCGCCCUGCGCUGCGGCGCGCCUACGUAGGACAGGGCGGACAGGGCGGACAGAGCGGACAGGGCGCAGUCCGAUCUGCUCCUGCAUGGGACGGUCGGCCAGAUGUGAAGCCAAUCGUGGAGCCGCAAGGCCAGAGGAAGCAGGCGGCCUCCAGCCCCGGCUCGACGCCAGAGGACAGCCUCUGGACACCGCUGGACGAGUGCACUCGGAGCGCGAGACUGCCAAGUCCCACCAAGACACCUCGCCAAGAGAGUGCUCGACUCUCUGGAGAUGAUUAUUUCACAGGCGCUUCUCCGCACAAUGCGCCCUCCGCGCCCUGCGCGCCCUGCGCGCCCUGCGCGCCCUGCGCGCCGAGCUGUGCCAGCGAGCCUGUCACCCGGAGGUUUGACGCGCCAAGUGUCCCUUCGACAUCCCAAGUGUAUGCGCCGCAGACUCCGUCCUGGGCAGCGCUGCAGCAUCCCCAUGCAGUGACCAGGGUCGAGUCUUCGCAGCUGAAACCUCGGUUCGGCCCUGGCCGCGGCUUGGUUUGGCCGACGCUGGACCUGACGUGGGGUGAGGGCCCGGCCACUGUGCCGCCAUCCCCGGCGGUCCUUCAGCAGGCUCCCGCCACGGCUCCCUGGUCGCCGGAUGCUCGAGGAGAGUUGGUGCGCGAGGAGCCGGCUGGUCAGGGCCCAAAGAGGACUGUGACUCGCUCUGCAUCGGCUGCUGGCUACUCCCCGAGCAAGGUAUGUGCACCCAAGGAGCGAGGCUCUGCUAGGGCUGCCUCGAACUUCCUAAUUCGUUCGUCUUCCACGCCACUCGUGGGACAGUCCAGGACUCCCCCGCCUGCAAAGUCGUGGACUGGCCGUCGCGCAGAUCGUUCUGCCGGUACCAUACACUAG